AUGUCAAACGAUCUGGUGGGGCAUUUUGGUGGUGGAAGGGCUGGUUCGAGUAAGGCGGACGGUGCGAGGCGCGCGGUAGCCGAGGACGACGACAUGGGCCCGUCCGUGUCGAUGGCGGUGGAAGCCGAAGAUGACGAGCAUUUUCGGCAGUCUACGUUCAAUCUCAAGCGUACUCGGUCCAUGGGACUGCUGGACGGCCACUCAGAGAGCCCUUCGGCAGGGCCAGCAAGUCCGGAGGUCGACUCAUACUCAUCGCCCGUGGGGCCGUCGGAAUCCACGUCUCCACCUGCCCCUGAAGCCGACAGUUUCAUGGUUCCACACGACGACAACGACAUCAUGCACGAGCCCAAGCGCCAUGUAGACUACCUCUCGCACGAGUGGAAGGAGUCUGAGAUAUCCCAGUCGUGGAAAUACAUCAUCCUCAAGAAGAAAAAGAAAAAUGAAGACCUGGUCAACGCAGCAAGACUAGAAAAUGCAUCUUGGCGUACUUGGGCUAAAGCUCGCAAUCACCUGCGUACGGUAAGCCCUGAAACUGUGAACUGGUCCAAGGACUCCGACGUUACCUGGUUGUAUGGCCCUGUAGUGCGACAGAAGUCUAGCGAACAGGACGCAAGUUCUGACGUUGAGUACGGCUAUGGGUCCGAUGACGAAACUUCAAAGAGGCUCACCACUUUGAAACCCAAGAAACGGGCGCUGAAGGGCCCCAAACCUAUUUUGAAAAAGAGAACGGUAUCGGAGAUUAUUGAAGAGAACUCGCGUUGGAAGCUCAACGUGGCGAGACAGCACAAAAAGAAUCUAUCCAGCACGCAGGCCUUGAUGGACGGAUACGGUAACAAUUUAGAUGCGGCAGACGACUACGACGCGUUGGCGGCCAGGGUCAACGCUCAGUACUACUCCUCUAACGAGGUGCCCUCAUCGGCAUCUUCUACACAUGAUGAUAGAAUAGAUUAUCAAGAGCUCCAGUUGCAAGAACACGCGAACGAGGGGCAAUCGCCAUAUUCUGGCGAAGCCGAAGAUAGUGUUUCUACAUCGCGUCCGGUAUCAUCGUCAAAUCGAUCUCCAGCACCCGCCUUGGAGUCUAUUCUAACGUCUCCUAGCAAGCGUACUCCCAAAAACGCUAACGAACAAAGAGACCGACACAUUCAUUUUAACGACCGAGUAGAACAGUGCAUGGCGUUGGCCAUCACAUCUAAUAACGACGAUGAUGACUUUGAUGACGAUGACGACAAUUACAGUUUUGACGAUGACGCUGUGGAAGGUUCAGCACAUCACGAAUUCACGAAUACAAAAGGAAGUCGCUCGCGUCGUGAUGACAAAAGUCAACAUUUAGGGGCUGAAUCAGAUCAAGAUCUCGAUAGCUCAUCUUCUGACGAAGAAGAGGCAGGACUUUUUAUAAAUGCAAGACUUUCGAAAAAGUCAGAAGGGUCUCAUGCUUCAGCAGACGCCUCAUCCACAAGCGCUGAAAGCUCCAGCAUUAAAAGUCUAACGACUCCAAUUAUAAAGCCGCUGCCGGCAACAACGUUGAAUUAUGGAUCAGACGAAGAAGACUUUGACGACGACGACGAGUAUUAUGGCAGCAACGCGGUUUCUCACAACGUCAACACUUUCAGAGGGUAUGACUACAUGUACGACUACAACUCGGUGUACACUGGAGACACGUCAAGUUUUAUGGCAGCAAAUGACUACGACAUGGUCGAUGUUCCGGAAGGGCUCAGAACCCCUAUAGAAGAGCAUGACGCUCAUUCAAGCUUGAUUGACCAGGGUUCUGAUGAAGACAAACUGCCGAGCGAGCCUAUACCAAAAAAAAGAUUUUCUUUAGACAGUGAUACAGAUUCUUAUGGGUCCAAUGGCGAGUCUCAAUUCAUUGAAGACUCACGUAAUAGGAGUAGCGAUGAGGAUGAUGACACCGCAGAUCUGGAGAGCCUUCCUCCCUUGAAAAGAACACCAUCUCUUGGUGUUUCCACCCCCACUUCCUUGCAAGAUCUACAGUUACAGAGCCCUUCCAUACCUCAGACGCACAGUUUUAUUACAGGGAAGCCAUUGCGACAGAUAAAUCAACCUUGGGACGCUGCACCCAAGGAAUCGUCGAGUUUCAAGACUGCUGCAUCGAAGCCAGCAAAAAAGUUUUCCUUCGAUUCAGAUUCGGGUUCAGAUUCCUGUAGCGACAGCAAAGAAGAGGACGCUGAUAGCACAAUUCAAGAACUAUUCACGAGAAACCAUUACCACGAAAACGAAAACGAAGAUGUAAUAAGACGCAACCAGCCUUUGAGCCUCGCUGACACUUCGUCGAAGGGUGUUCAAUCCUCUUACAACGACCCUACACAUGGCACUGCUGUUUCUCCCAUCUCUAGACCUCAAGGGCAGAGGGUGCCCAGUGAGUCUCUCAUGAGCAUGGUCAGCACCACUGGUGAUUCCCGAACUUCUCUGUCAGAUGUGGCCAUCUCUGGUUAUAUCUCACCGCGCAACGAAUCCAUGCACUCUGUCGUUGCCAAGGAGAAAAUGACGGCAAACAACAAGUCUACUUCCGCAGAUGUUGAACACAUAAACAAGAAUUUAGAAAAGUGGCAUCUGAAUCCCCACGAUCAUGAUGAAGACGAUCCUAAUUCCGAGAAUGUACAGAAAAUGAUGAGCUCAGCGCGGGAAAUCGCAAGCAAGUAUCUACAUUCAUGGAAAAAGUAG